AUGGCCGAGUUCGUCCGUGCCCAGAUCUUCGGCACGACGUUUGAGAUCACGUCGAGGUACUCGGAUCUCCAGCCCGUUGGCAUGGGGGCCUUUGGCCUCGUCUGCUCCGCCCGUGACCAGCUCACGAGCCAGAACGUGGCCAUCAAGAAGAUCAUGAAGCCCUUCAGCACCCCUGUCCUCGCCAAGCGCACAUACCGAGAACUCAAGCUCCUCAAGCACCUGAGGCACGAGAAUGUCAUCUCGCUCAGCGACAUCUUCAUCUCCCCCCUCGAGGACAUCUACUUCGUCACAGAGCUCCUCGGCGCCGACCUGCACCGAUUAAUCACCUCGCGACCGCUCGAGAAGCAGUUCAUCCAGUACUUUCUCUACCAGAUCAUGCGCGGCCUCAAGUACGUGCACUCGGCCGGCGUCGUCCACCGCGACCUCAAGCCGAGCAACAUCCUCGUCAACGAGAACUGCGACCUCAAGAUCUGCGACUUUGGUCUUGCCCGCGUCCAGGACCCCCAGAUGACGGGCUACGUCUCGACCCGGUAUUACCGGGCCCCCGAAAUCAUGCUCACGUGGCAAAAGUACGACGUCGAGGUCGACAUCUGGAGCGCGGGCUGCAUCUUUGCCGAAAUGCUCGAGGGAAAACCCUUGUUCCCGGGAAAGGACCACGUGAACCAGUUUUCCAUCAUCACCGAGCUGCUCGGCACGCCCCCGGAUGAUGUCAUCGGCGCCAUCGCGAGCGAAAACACGAUGCGCUUCGUCAAGUCUCUGCCGAAGCGCGAGCGGCAGUCCCUCGGCAGCAAGUUUAAGAACGCCGACCAGUCAGCCAUCGACCUCCUCGAGCAGAUGCUCGUCUUCGACCCCUCGACGCGGAUAACGGCCGCACACGCCCUCUCCCACGACUACCUCGCUCCGUACCACGACCCCACCGACGAGCCGGUGGCCGACGAAAGGUUUGACUGGAGUUUCAACGACGCCGACCUGCCCGUCGAUACUUGGAAGAUAAUGAUGUACUCGGAGAUCCUCGAUUACCACAACGUCGAGCCGAUGAACCAGUAG